AUGGAAGAUCAACCAUUCAUUAUUGAUCCUUCGAAGAAUCAACCACCACACUGGCCACCCAAAGCUGAAGUUGAUUUUGUAUCAGAGAUUGACGUGGACAAAAUUUCCGACACUGAAUAUCGUGGAAAGGUGCCAUUGAAAAAGCCUUUAGCUAUUCGUCAUGGUGUGUAUGGUGGGGCUUUGUGUUCCCAAGCAAUUCUAGUCGCUAUGAGAUCGGUCCCUUCGGAUUUUAAACCACAUGCCCUCCACUCAUUUUUUACAAAAGGUGUUAAAGAAGAUUCAGUUAUAGAGUGGAGGGUGCAAAAGAUAUCUAAUGGUAAAUCAUUUGCCAACAGAAUGGUUCUUGGGUGUCAAGAAGAUCAGGUGGUGUUCACAGCGAACAUUUCGUUGACUACAAGAAAUGUAACUCGACCAAGAAGCGAUGGAUUAGUGCCUUUCAGCCACCAAAUCGACCCUCCGCCGGAGCUAUUACACUAUGAUAUCAGCAAGUUAAAGGGAAUCGCUAAUCCAAACUUACACACGACUCUUCGAGAAACACCCAAACCUAAAGUAGAAGGUGUUUAUCCAUACUUAAUAAAGUACGGUAUUCCCGAGUGUGAAACCCUUUUGUCGAUACCUGAAGAAUACAAGUACUCUUUACUCACCUGGGUUACUGAUUGGCUGUUUUUGUCAAGAGCGUUUGCUGUUGUUUUAGGUAAGAGGGUAGAUGCUGAUUUUGACGUUUCGUUGGACCACACAAUUUACUUUCACGACGACGACUUUGAUGCUACAAAAUGGGUGGGUAUUAGCUUGAGACCCACCAGAUCAGAGCAUGGAAGAACUUUGAUGAUUUGCGACUUGUACAAUGACAAGGGAAAGCAAGUUGCCACAAUAAUACAAGAACGAUUGUACCUUGUAAAACCAACAGCAAAAUUAUAG